UGACGUUCCUGAGCCUGGCCUGUGGCCGUGUCUCCUGCCGUCUCCGCCACACUCAGGACCUCCAGCAGGAGAGGGGAAGUGGUGUACAGUCACCAGCAAGACGAACCAUACAGAACCUUCGCUUAUCAUCUCUGUCACACUCACUUUACCACACUCAGGACCUCCAGUAGGAGAGGUGAAGUGGUGUACAGUCACCAGCAAGACGAACCAUACAGAACCUUCGCCUAUCAUCUCUGUCACACUCACUUUACCACACUCAGAACCUCCAUUAGGAGAGGUGAAGUGGUGUACAGUCACCAGCAAGAAAAACCAUACUGGACCAUCGCCUAUCAUCUCAACGAUACUCACUUUAUCACACUCAGAACCUCCAGCAGGAGAGGAGAAGUGGUGUACAGUCACCAUCAAGACGGACCGUACAGGACCAUCGCCUGUCAUCUCCACGACACUCAGGACCUCCAACAGGAGAGGUGAAGUGGGGUACAGUGCCCAGCAAGACGAACCAUAUAAGACCAUCCCCUGUCAUCUCCCUUACGCUGCUCUCUUCCCAAGGAAGAGCCUUGUGCUUGUGGGCCUUGUGCCCCAGGUUGGGAGAACCUGACAGUUCACUCCACAUAAGACGGAAAUAACAAGCAGAUAAAAUAAUCUCUGCACAUAUUUUUUGCAACUGAAUAUGUCUAUUUAAAUUUGUAAGAAGAACACAAUCACAAAUAAGAAAUCAUGAUACUGUCACGUGCAAAGCCAGCCUUGUCAUCAAAUGCUGCAACAGAGGCUAACUCUGGCAGCAACAAGAAAGUGCUGCCAAAGUUAGAAGAUUUCCUUAAGAAGAGAGAUUUUACAGGAGCCAUUACUCUAUUAGAGUUUCAGCGUAGCAGUGGUAACACCAAUGAACUCAAUGAUCAGUGGAUUGGUUAUUGCGCAUUCCACUUGGGCGACUACAAACGGGCAUUGAUAGAGUUUCAGACCCUGACUCUGCAGCAUAAAAACCCUGCACCUGAAAACUGGAUCAGUCUGGCAUGUUGUUACUUUUACUUAGGGAUGUACCCAGAAGCUGAAGAGGCAGCAGAAAAAGCUCCGAAAUCUCCUCUUCGAACAAGGCUAUUUUUUCACCUGGCCCACAAAUUUAAUGAUGAAAAGCGACUGAUGAUGCAUCACCAGCAGCUAGAAGAUGUAAUCGAGGACCAGCUCAGUUUAGCCUCCAUACACUACCUACGGUCACACUAUCAAGAGGCUAUUGAUAUAUAUAAGCGUAUAUUACUUGAUAACAGAGAAUACUUGGCGUUGAAUGUGUACGUGGCUCUGUGUUACUACAAGCUGGACUACUAUGAUGUAUCACAGGAGGUACUGGCUGUUUACCUCCAACACUAUCCAGACUCUCCCAUUGCUAUCAAUCUCAAAGCCUGUAACCAUUUUAGACUUUACAAUGGGAAAGCUGCAGAACAAGAACUAAGAACAUUACAAGAUGUUACAUCAUCACCAUUGACAUUUGCCCAAGAUCUGGUGCGACACAACUUAGUGGUUUUUCGAGGUGGUGAGGGAGCUCUUCAAGUCCUUCCUCCACUGGUUGAUGUUAUUCCUGAGGCCAGACUGAAUCUUGUGAUUUACUACCUUAAACAGGAUGAAGUACAGGAAGCUUAUGCUCUUCUCAAGGAUCUGGAGCCAACUGUCCCACAAGAAUAUAUUCUUAAAGGGGUAGUUAAUUCUGCCAUAGGACAAGAAACUGGUUCACGAGAAAAUCUGAAGAUUGCCCAGCAGUAUUUCCAGCUGGUGGGUGGGAGUGCCUCCGAGUGUGACACCAUUCCAGGAAGACAGUGCAUGGCAUCAUGCUUUUUCCUUUUGAAACAAUUUGAGGAUGUUCUUCUUUAUCUAAAUUCAAUAAAAUCUUACUUUUACAAUGAUGACACGUUUAACUUCAAUUAUGCUCAGGCCAAGGCUGCUGUGGGAGAAUAUAAGGAGGCAGAAGAAGUUUUCCUUCUUAUACAGAAUGAGAAGAUUAAAAAUGACUAUGUAUUUCUGUCAUGGCUAGCCAGAUGUUAUAUCAUGAACAGUAAGCCAAGACUUGCUUGGGAAUUAUACCUCAAGAUGGAGACAUCGGCAGAGGCUUUCAGUUUGCUGCAGCUAAUUGCCAAUGAUUGUUACAAGAUGGGCCAGUUCUACUAUGCAGCAAGAGCAUUUGAUGUUCUGGAGAGACUUGACCCUAACCCUGAGUACUGGGAGGGCAAAAGAGGGGCAUGUGUAGGAAUGUUCCAGAUGAUAAUUGCUGGUAAAGAACCAAAAGACUCACUUGGUGACAUCUUGCAACUGCUUCGCAACACUGCUAAUCCACAAGUGGAGGGAAUUAUCCGCGUCAUCAAGAAGUGGGCGAAAGACAAUCAUAUUCCAGUGUAACAUUUGCACACUGAUAUAUAUACUGGUCAAAUUAUCUUAAUUAAUAUACUCUCUGCAAGUACUAUAUAUUAGUGAGUCUUCAAAACUGUUAACUAUCUUUUGUAUGUUUGAUGCAUUAUUUAAAUAUAUACAGUACGAGUCCA